AUGGCGAGUGGGGAGGAGCAUGUGUACGCAACGCUUCUCUUGAGCGAUUCCUAUCUCCCAGGAGCUCUUGUGCUUGCCCAUUCGUUGCGCGAUGCCGGAACGACCAAGAAGCUGGUGGUUCUGGUCACCCUCGACACCGUCUCUGCGGAAUCCAUAACCCAGCUCAAGACCGUCUACGACCAUGUCUUGCCUGUUCCUCGGAUAUGCAAUGAGAAGCCAGCCAAUCUCUAUCUCAUGAACCGCGCUGAUCUUCACUCGGCCUUCACCAAGAUCAAUCUCUGGAAGCAGACCCAGUUCACCAAGGUAGUGUAUAUAGACGCUGAUGUGGUCGCCUAUCGUGCCCCAGAUGAGCUAUUCGACAUUGCUGAGCCGUUCGCUGCUGCACCCGACAUCGGAUGGCCUGACCUGUUCAAUUCGGGUGUCAUGGUACUGACACCCAACCUCGGCGAUUUCUAUGCAAUGUUGGCAAUGGCCGAAAGAGGCAUCUCGUUUGACGGUGCCGACCAAGGUCUAUUGAAUAUGCACUUCAAGGACAAUUAUCACCGUCUUAGCUUCUCGUACAACGUCACUCCUUCUGCGCAUUACCAGUACAUACCGGCCUACCGCCACUUCCAGUCCAGCAUAAACAUGGUUCACUUCAUUGGCGCCAAUAAACCCUGGUUUGCAGGUCGCCAUGCCAAACAUGACGAUUCGCCUUUCGAUGACAUGAUUGGGAGAUGGUGGGCAGUCUAUGAUCGACAUUACAGAGCACAGCAUUCCAUGAUCCGGUUUCAUUUUAACAUUGCGGUUCAGGAACAAUCCUCAGGCCAGCCUCAAGGCUCUACUUCUACAUAUGUCCAGUACUUUACCAAAGGUGAAUACCGACCCAAGCCGACACUUCUGCAGUCAGAAACGCAGACUGAACAUAAACCGGAAGUAGCAAUGUCCAGUUGGGAUGCUCAAAGGCAGCCUCCACCAGCUGACUCUGCCCCCGAGGCCAUCAACUUCCCAUCUACGCACUAUGAAAUGUCGCAAGAUGCUGCACCAUUUGUCCCCCCACCACGCUAUCCUAGCCCCCCAAAGAAUAUGUGGUACGAGGUGCCGGCGGCCCCCCCAGCACCACCAGCUGAGCCUCCAAAACCCCUGUUCCCAUGGGAAGGCCAACAGCCAAAACCCACACGAUCAUUCGCAAGUGUUGUUCCAGAUUUUGUCGCCACCCUUCAGGAUGCCGGUCCUUGGGUUGAACAUGGUGUCGGUGGUUCGGUUGAAUCUGGCCUCCAUGUUGAAUCACAACCACCAGAAGGAGAUUCAACAGAGACAGGAACUGAGGCAGGGAGCUCAAUAGCUACUCUACCAUCCCAACUCACAAUUACCGAAGCAUCAACUGUCCAAGCAGAACCAUGGGACGCUUUUCAACUGAGCAACGCCUGGGACGAAGUCCCAGAAAUAAACCGCUAUGUAGAAGGACUACAAAAGCAUCAGCGCGGAAAGUCUCUGCAGGGGAUCUCUUCCCCGGCUACUACCGGCCCUCGCUACCGCCGAGAUCCUAAUAAAUCGGUUUUCAAGCUGACUGACUUCCCAAGCGCGGUUGAGCGCCCAAGCUUACCUGUGACGCCAGCUCCGAUUGCGCGCCCGUCUUUUUGGGGUCAGGAUCAGCCAGAUGCCCGGGAAUUGGAGCUUUCGCUGCCGUUGCCAUCGGCGGAGGGUGUCCCAAUGCAGUCAGACUGGGACCCGGAGGUACAGCUCCAAAAGCUGGCUAGGCAGCAAUAUGAAGCGCUAUUGCUUAGGCUAGAAGCCAGUGCUAACGUGGACAAUGUGGUUGAGGACGUGGGCCACAGCAUACCAAAGCGUUCUUUGCCAUUUGGCUCAGAAAGCAUCAGAUCGCCUAGUUUCAUCUCCCAAACUGUCCCAGUUAGCACACUGCAGGGAACUGUACAAAGCAGUGCAGAUAGCACCUUCCAGCUAACAUUGCCCCAUGACGCACCUCGAGGCCCGUCUCAGGAGGCCCCGAGACAGCGUGGAGGCUUGCUCGAAUCACCCAUGGCUAAGCCCGGACCGAAAGCUCCUGAAUAA